AUGUAUGAUCAACCUACUUCUGUUGAAUCAACUGCAGGUCCCGGCGGCCCUAAUAUAAGGCGUGCUCUUCACUCCACCGUUAGCGUCGCUUUGUGGCCCCAUUCUUCUCUCUCCGUUGAAGAUAUUCCAGGUUUACGAGCACGAGUGAUUGUUGGAAAGUUUCGGCUGCUUUACGCACAUUGGCGGAAAAAGAUCUCUAAACGGCCACUCCAAAUGACUCGCAUAGUGCCCGGCGAAUUCGAACAGUUGGCCUAUCCUCUAGUGGUUGGAAAAAACAUCGGUCUGAAUAACCGUGCCAUUGCAUUGGCUCGAAUAGAGAUAUGA